AUGUCCCCAGUACAUCAGACCUUAGAGAUUAUAGAAAGAGUGUGCCCGAUAGCAUAUAAGUUACAGUUACCUCUGGAGCUAACACGUAUUCACAACGUUUUCCAUGUUUCGAUGUUGAGGAAGUAUGUACCUGAUCCUAUGCAUGUACUGGUGGAUCAACCGAUUCAGCUCAGGGAAAAUAUGUCAUAUGAUGAAGAUCCAGUCCAGAUCUUAGACAGGAAAGAACAGGUGCUCAUGAACAAAACCAUACCUUUAGUGAAGGUAUUGUGGAACAACCAUGGAGUUGAAAAGGCAACGUGGGAGUAUGAGGAGCAAGUAAAGAAGAAGUAUCCUCAACUCUUCCACUGA